CGCUCACUUUUUUUUAGAAGACGUUUGGGACUCAGGACCAGAGAAGGUCGACGAUCAUCUUUAAGUUGUGCGUAAUGAAACGCGCCAUUAUUUUGGAAACCAACCACCAAAAACAAACGUUUCAUUCACUGCGCACCUGAGACUUAAGCAAGACGCGGGUUGUUGUUUACAAAGACUUUUAAACCACUCUUAGGUGUUCUACCUCACAAUAGAGCCCAGAGCCUCCCAAUACCUGAGUUGGAUGUCGGAUGCCCCGUUCGUAGCUUUUACCGCAUAAAGCUGGGCGCGCACUUAUUCCGUGGAAGGAUGCAUAUAUCAAGGAUUACUUUUCGAAUUUUGAUUAAUCCCGUGAAAACUCUUAUUCUGGCUAUGUCUGUCCUGGCAACUUCGAGGACGGCAGUGGCUGAUGUGAAACUCUUGGAGUCCGGGGAGAUCGAGCCAUUAGCUGAGGCCCAGAGUGGAGGUUUGCCAACAGCUGAAGGAUACUUCUUGGAGUUUGUGGAGAUGCCAAGCAACAUGACCAUAAUGCAGGGCCAGACUGCCACGCUGCACUGCAAGGUGUCUGGCCACCCUCGACCCAGCAUCCGCUGGCUGAAGAACGAUGCACCCGUGGUGCAGGAGCAGGGCCGUAUCUCCAUCCGCAAGACUGAGUCGGGCUCCAAGCUCCGCAUCCAGGACCUGGACACCACAGACACAGGCUACUACCAGUGUGUCGCCUCCAACACUCUCAAAGUCAUCUCCGCCACCGGCGUCCUUUACGUCCGCCUGGGCCAAUCACCAACCCAUGGCCCAGAUGCUUCGACCCAUGAGAAGGGCUUCUGUCAGCCAUAUCGGGGCAUUGCGUGUGCUCGCUUUAUUGGGAACAGGAGCAUCUAUGUGCAGUCUCUGCAGAUGCAAGGGGAGAGUGAGAACCGCAUCACAGCUGCGUUUACCAUGAUUGGGACCUCCACCCAGCUGUCCGACCAGUGCUCCCAGUUUGCCAUCCCCUCUUUCUGUCACUACGUGUUCCCACUAUGUGAGGAAGGUACCAGGGGCCCACGGCAGCGCCAGCUCUGCAGGGACGAGUGUGAGGCGCUGGAGAACGACCUGUGCCGUGUUGAAUAUUCCAUUGCACGAUCCAACCCGCUCAUCCUCAUGCAACUAGAGCUGCCCAACUGCCACCUGCUACCCCACCCGGGAUCACCCGACGCCGCCAGCUGCAUGCGAAUCGGUGUGCCCACUGACCGCCUGGAGACAUAUUCUCCUUCAGAUCACAGCUGUUACAACGGCAGUGGUGCCAAUUACAGAGGCACCGUCAGUGUAACCAAGUCUGGCCACCAGUGCCAGCCCUGGAGUAACCAAUACCCACACAGCCAUCACCUGACCCAUGUGGAGUAUCCAGAGCUCAAAGGGGGGCACAACUUUUGCAGGAACCCAGGCGGGCAGAUGGAAAGUCCCUGGUGCUUCACCCUUGACCCCCAUACGAGGGUGGAUAUCUGUGACAUCCGUCCAUGCAAACCCCCAGAGAACAUGAAGAAGGAGAUACUCUACAUCCUCAUCCCCAGCAUUGCCAUCCCAUUGGUCAUUGCCUGCCUCUUCUUCCUGGUCUGCAUGUGCCGUAACAAGCAGAAGGAGUCAGUAGACACUCCUCCUCGCCGGCAGCUCGCCGCAUCUCCCAGUCAAGACAUGGAGCUGCCACUUCUCAAUCAGCACAAGCAUCAGGCAAAGCUCAGAGAAAUCAACUUGUCUGCUGUACGCUUCAUGGAGGAGCUUGGAGAAGACCGCUUCGGAAAGGUCUACAAAGGUCACCUUUAUAGCACGGCACCUGGAGAGCAGACUCAAGUAGUAGCCAUCAAGACAGUAAAAGACAAGGAUGAGGGGACCCUGCGUGAAGAGUUCCGUCAUGAGGCCAUGCUCCGUUCACGUCUUCAGCACCCAAAUAUCGUGUGCCUCUUGGGAGUGGUGACCAAAGAGCAACCCAUGAGCAUGAUCUUCAGCUACUCAGGCCAUGGUGACCUACAUGAGUUCCUGGUCAUGCGUUCACCACACUCUGACGUUGGCAGCUCAGACGAUGACAAAACGGUUAAGUCGGCCCUUGAGCAGGCGGAUUUUCUGCACAUAGUUACCCAGGUGGCAGCUGGAAUGGAGUACUUGUCCAGUCACCAUGUGGUCCACAAAGAUCUUGCUGCUCGGAACAUCCUGGUCUGUGAGAAACUCAAUGUGAAGAUUCUUGAUCUUGGGCUUUUCCGUGAUGUCUACUCUGCUGACUACUACAAGCUGAUGGGCAACAGUCCUUUCCCUAUCCGCUGGAUGUCUCCUGAGGCCAUCACAUAUGGCAAAUUCUCCACCGACUCGGAUAUCUGGUCCUAUGGCGUGGUGCUGUGGGAAAUCUUCAGCUAUGGUCUACAGCCAUACUGUGGCUACUCUAACCAGGAUGUGAUCGAGAUGGUACGCAACCGACAAGUGCUGUCCUGCCCCGAUGACUGCCCUGCCUGGAUCUACACACUCAUGCUGGAGUGCUGGAACGAGUUCCCUGCGAGACGGCCACGCUUCAAGGACAUCCAUGCACGCUUGCGCACCUGGGAAAGCUUGUCCAACUACAACAGCUUGGCACAGACCUCUGGAACGAGCAACACAACCCAGACAAGCUCGCUCAGCACAAGCCCUGUCAGUAACAUCAGUGCUGCACGUUACAUCAGCCCCAAGAAGCCCUCACCCUUUCCCCAGCCCCAGUUCAUGCCCAUGAAGAGCCAGAUGAGACCCAUGGUACCGCCACAACUUUAUAUCCCAGUCAAUGGCUACCAGCCUGUGCCAGCCUAUCCAUACCUUCAGAAUUUCUACCCCAUGCAGAUCCCCAUGCAAAUACCCUCACAGCAGAUGCACCCACAGAUGGUAGCUAAGGCAGGUUCACACCACAGUGGCAGUGGCUCCACCAGCACAGGCUAUGUUACCACAGCGCCAUCCAAUGCAUCAGGCACAGAGAAAGCCGCCCUCCUGAGUGAGGAUGCUAAGGCAGCUGAAGAGAACAUGGCAGAUGGUGCUUCCCAGAAUGGCCUCCACAAUGAGGACAUGUCUGUCCCAGAAACUGAGCUUCUAGGAGACAAUGACAGCCCACAAAUGGAUGACAGUGAAAUGCACUCAGAAGCAUAGGAAGGCUUUUGAGACCCAAUGGCAGCAGGAGCUGUCCUGUGAAGUGUGACUUUUGUAGUGUCUGCCAGUUGAGUAUCAGUAUAAAAAAACAAAGAGAAACCAAUGAUUGAGACAAAAACUGAAUGUUAUUUAUGGGGUUUUGGCAGUCUCCAAAACAUGUUUUUCAUUUUUGAGGCUGUACCUCUAGGACUGGUGACAAAUAGAUAUAUUGUUUAGCUACUCUUAGUGGUCUGCAAUGAAGAAUCUAAGUCUAACUUCUCCCUUUUCCACAGUCAUUGAGUUGCAUAUAUAACAUGGAAAUUUUUUUUUAAUCAAACAUGUUGCAAAGCCAUUCAGAAGAAUUUGUGUUCUUACUGUUGCUGUGCAACAUGAAACAUUGUAUCUUUUUUAUAAGGAUUUUGUUGUUACCACCAAGUUUUAUCUUUUGUUUUCUCCAGUUUUUUGUUCUGCUUUCAAUUCAAGACUUCAUCGUAUAGGAAAGGCCAGACAAUCCGAGUCUCUGUCUCAUUCUUGGUAAUGUGAGAAUGAGACUCCUAUGUUUAAUGCAUUGAUACUUAUAUGUCCUGUUCCAGAAUCUGAAUCUUGAGUAAGAUAAUGGACUGCCAAUUUUUACGUGACUGACUUAAAACUCUGCAACACACACUGCCGCACAGAUGUUUUGUAGAAAAAGUGAGAGGUCAACAGAUCUAGUUGCUUUUAAGGUGCAAAAACUUGUAAAGAUUUGUAAUUUAUGUCAGUUUUUCUCUUAAAGAAAUUAAGUGAUUUUUAUUUUCUUUUUACUCUCUUAAUUUUUGUUUAGCCAGCGGUAUUACUUAAAUUGUGUUUUAAACCAGAUAUUUGCUUUUUACCAAGCUGUCAUAACAGAAUUUAACCAUAUAUUGUGUACAUCCAGAGAUAUGGAGUGUCAAAUAAAGGGAUAUGUGGCA